AUGGAGGAUACAAUCGCUGAGCUUCGACGCCAGCUUGAGGAAGAGAGACAAGCGCGAGAAGAAGAGAGGAGGGCGCGAGAAGAGGCAGAGCGGCGCCGAGGAGAGUCAGAGCUGCGAGUGCAGCCCAACACACUGUUUCAUCUUCUCGAUCGCUGCCACAGCUCUUUAUCUCAAGCGAUACGAGUUGAGACGGAUGCGACCCUGACGACCCAGGGUGACGCGACUGACCCCGUCAACCGACUCUACCCCAAGCGCAUUGUUCCUUGGCUUGACUUCCCCCGACUCCAAGAGCAAGUCUGGAAGAAACUCGACCGUACGGCCGCCUUUACCUCGCGUCCGCUCUUCCCUUCUGACACCCAAUUGGACUAUGUCGCUACGAAUAUCCAGAACAAGCCGAUUUAUUCAGAAGCGUCCCUACGGAACUUUGAGCGCGACAGGGUCGACAACUUUGUCGAAAUGGUGAUUGAGAAGUUACGAGACGACGAAACUCUUCGACACGAGUUUGACAUCCAGGGACGAGUCGCUUUCUAUGACCGCGCGAACCCAGCGGAACCCUCGCUGGAAUAUAGCUUGGAGCAGAUGAAUCCCCAGGACGUGCGGCCCCAGCGACCACCGAACACCAGGCAUGGGAAAGGCAGAGGAAGGGGGAGAGGAGCGGCGCAGGGCCAGAAGAGGGCUGCCACUGCACGAAGACGCAACCGCCGCGCCGACCAGUUCUGCGUGCACGUUGUGGCCAACGAGCGACAGAAACCGGUGUAUGCGGUGGAGUUCAAAGCGCCACACAAGGUGACAAUCCCCGAAUGGGUGUCAGGUCUACAUCAGAUGGAUCUCGCUCGCGAUGUCAUUGAUCAGGAAGGCGACACUUUUGAGUUCUAUGCCACCUGCCUCGUCGCGGCAGUGGUCACUCAGAUAUUCUCAUACAUGAUCGACAGUGGAAUUCAACACGGCUACAUCUGCACGGGGGAGGCUUUUGUUUUUCUCCAUAUCCCGAAGGAUGAUCCCACUAUUGUUCAAUAUUUCUUAUGUAUCCCGAAUCAAGAUGUGCAGGUGAACGAUGAGUGGCGCCUCCACCGGACAGCCAUUGGUCAAGUGCUUGCGUUCACCCUCCAAGCGCUGGCCGCCGAAGCUCCGUCUCAAGAGUGGCAUGAUGCGGCACACGACAAGCUGAAGACUUGGGAGGUCGAAUACCUGGACGUAUUGAGAAAAAUUCCCGAAACGCUCCGCAAAGACCCGCCAGCCUCCAAUUAUCGGCCCUCGCACUGGAAACUAGAGCCGAAGACACACAAUACACGAUCCCGUGCUCACUGCCAACCAGGCAUGUCUACUCCGAAGCAUUCGUCGACCGAAGGCAGCGGCAGUGAUGAAGAAUCGCAUUCGCCAUCCAUCGCAGCAGCUGCUCCCAGCCGCUCGAGCCGCGGCCGAGGCAACAACCGUCAAUCGACUAAGGAAAGCGAAAACACACGAGCCGGUGGGGACAACAAACAGACCUCUCGGAAAGACGGGCAGUCAACACGACCCUACUGCACAAUUGCCUGCAUCCGUGGCAUGGUCAACCGAGACCCGCUGGAUAAAGAAUGCCCCAACUGGAAACUCCACGGUAGCCAGAGGCACACCAUGGGACCACAGGAGUUCACACGCCGGCUUCACCGUCAACUUGCCCGAAACCGAAAUCAUGGGUUUGAACAACUCCACGUCUGUGGUCGGACCGGUUACCUCAUCAAAGCCACUCUUCUAUUACACGGAUACACUGUGAUAAUCAAGGCUACCACGGCGGACAAGCAGCAUCUCAUUCAAGCAGAGGCAGACAAUUAUGGUUAUCUCAGGAGCCUGCAGGGAAAACACAUACCCGUCUGUCUUGGGACAUUUACGCCACGAGUCUCAUAUUGGUACCACGGCGAACUAAUGGAGCAGAUGAUGAUCCUAAGCUGGUCAGGAAGCAGGCUUCAGCACGUCAUCAACGAUGACAACUCGAGUUUCUUCCACAAGGAGCGCGAGAAGGCCCUGGCUGUGCUCCGCUCACACGGGGUGGUCCAUGGCGACAGUGAGUGGCGUAAUAUGUUGUGGGAUGACCUGGGCGGUCGUUUGAUAGUCAUUGACUUGGAGGACGUGAAAUGGGUGAAGCGCCCUCGGGCACUUGAACCAACCUCUGGCAACACGCGGCAUGGUCAUCGCGUCGGGGAGGGGAAAAGCAGACAAAGGCUCCUAUCCAGCUCAACUGCUGUAUGCACAUGA